GAUAGACCGGCAAAGAGGCCCUGGGCCAACUAAAUGUCAGCUACGCAAACGCCGGCGGCACAAACGCCGAUGCCGCCGGCUGCACCCGCUGCCGGCGGCAAAGCAGCAGCAGCCAACUUUGGCGCCGCCGGUGCUGAUGCCACCGCCUCGCCAGCCGCAACGGCCUUCUCUGCACCACCAUUUGCAGCUACGGCAGCGGCAGCAGGAGCACCGCUCGCGGCGACCGGCGCGGCGGCUGCGCUGCGGGCGGCCGCGGCUGGCGGCGUCAACGUGUGUUUCGCCAACCCCGGGACCACGGAGAUGUGGAUCGUGGCCGCUCUGGACGAGGUGGCGCCGGCGGUGCGGCCUGUGCUGUGCCUGCAUGAGAACGUGGCCACAGGCGCCGCUGACGGCUACGCGCGCGUGUGCCGGCGCCCCGCGCUGACGCUGCUGCACCUGGGCCCGGGGCUGGCCAAUGGGCUCGCCAACCUGCACAACGCACGCCGCGCCCGCAGCCCCGUUGUCAACCUGGUGGGGGACAUGGCCACGUGGCACCGAGCCAACGACCCGCCGUUGAACAGUCCGUUAGAGUCGUUGGCGGCGGCGGUUAGCGCCGAGGUGGUGGUUGUGAAGCGUGGCGGCGGCGGCGGCGGCUCCACUCCCACCAGCACCAACAGGGGCAGCGCAGGCUGGGCGGUGGUGGUGGCCUCCAGUGCUGCAGAUGACUCCGAAGGAAGCAGCAGGGCCGACAGUAGCAGUAGCAGCGGCAAUGGCAGUGGCAGCAGUAGCAGUAGCAGCCAUCGGUUGGCGGCGGCUGUGGCGGGUGCACUGGGACACGGCUCAGAGGUGCUGACAACGGGGCUGGGUGGCGAGGUGGUCACCGUCAUCAUCCCACACGACCUCAGCUGGGAGCCGCCGGCAUCGCCGCCGCCGCCGCCGCCGCCGCCGCCGCCGCCGCCAAUGCUGCCAGCAGCACCCGCAUCCUCGCCACCGCCGGCGUCGGCGCAAUCGGAGUCAUCGGAGUCAUCGGCGUCGGCAUCACCGGCAGCCGCACCAGCGGCUUCACCUCCUACCGGUGUUGGUGAGGAGCGGGCCGCUGCCGCGGCGGCGCUGGAGGAAUUCGUCCGCGACUGCGCCGCCGCCCUGUGCCGCCACGCCCCGGCUACUGCACCCGCGGCCUCAGCCGCGGCUGCUGGCGGUAGCAGCAGUAGCAGCGCCGUAGGCAGUAGCGGCAGUAGUAGCAGCGGCGGCGCCCGGCCAGGUGGCGGCGCUGCGCUGUACCUGGGCGGCGGGGCGCUGCUGGCGGAGGGGGGAGCGCUGCACGCGGCCGGGCAGGUCGCCGCCGCCACCGGUGCCGUACUGCUGUGCGAGGGAGCCUUCGCCCGAGCCGACCGCGGCGCCGGACUGCCCGUACUGCGGCGCCUGCCGUACUUCCCACAGGAGGCGGCGGCGGAGCUGGCGCGGUACGGCUGCGUCGUACUGGUGGAUGCGCCGCCGCCGGUUGCCAACUUUGGAUACCGGGGCGCGCCGGGCAGGCUGCUACUGCCAGCAGACAGCGACGACGUUGCAGGCGGCUCAGUCGCAGGUCCGGCAGUGGCGGCAGUAGCAGCGGCGCCCUCGCGGCCGGAGGUGUGGGAGUUUGACCCGCAGGCGCUGUCAGCGGCGGGGUGGGGCGCGGCGUGUGUUUUGACACGCCUGGCGGCGGCCCUGGGCCCCGCUGCAGCUGCCGUGCGGCCCGGUGUCAACUGCCGUGGCGUGUUUGCCACGCCCUCGCGCCCACCACUGCCGCCCUCCUGCACGGCUGGUGGCGUCAACGCCGGCAUUACCAGCAGUGCCAGUGCCAGUGUCGGUGGCAGUAGCGGCAGUGGCAGCAGUGGCGGUAGCGGUAGCCGACUGACGGCGGCGGAGUUGUGCGGCGUGGUGGCGGCGCUACAGCCGGAGGGUUGCGUGGUGGUGGAUGAGUCACUCACCAGUGGCGGCAGCUACUGGGAGGCGUCCAAGGGAUGUCCGCCCUUCACGCACCUCACACUCACAGGCGGCGCCAUCGGCUGCGGGCCGCCCCUGGCGCUGGGGGCGGCGCUGGCGCUGGCGCAGCAGCAGCAGCAGCAGCUGGGGGCGGCGGCAGCGGCGCGGGAGCCAACUGCGCAGCAGGCGGCAGCCGGCGACACCGGUGACGGCACCGGCGAGGCUAGCACGGUCGGCGGCGGCGGCAGUGCUGGUGGCGUCAGGGGCCGCCGUGUGAUUAACCUGCAGGCGGACGGCAGCGCCAUGUACAGCCUGCAGGCGCUGUGGAGUCAGGCCCGGGAGGCGCUGCCAGUCACCACCAUAAUCUGCGCCAACUCCAGCUACGCAAUUCUCAAGGUGGAGGCGGCACGGCAGCGGCUGCCGCGCGCUGGCGCCGCCACCCGCGCCCUCACCGACCUUUCCUCGCCCGCCAUAGACUGGGUGGCGCUAGCUGCGGGCAUGGGCGUAGCGGGGGAGCGGGUGGGCAGCGCGGCGGCGCUGGCGGCGGCGCUUCGGCGGGGGCUGGAGCUGCAGGGUCCGUUCCUUAUCCACGCAGAACUUACUGCUGCUUGAUGAGUUGAUUAGACAGGAUGGGAUGAGGUAUCAGGAGCGAGAAUUUGUUGGUGAUGUUGUUGUUUGCGGGUGAUGGGCAGGUGGAGGAGGGCUUUGGUGUUAUGGCAUGUGAUGUAUUUUAGUUGCUGAGUGUCGUUGAGGAUCGGAGGGCGGCCUCCCCCGUCGCUCCUCCCCUGGGGCGGGCUGCCUAGCAGAUGUGUCACGUGUGCACUGCUGGGAGCCAGGGGCCAGGGCGCCAGGCAUCGGGGCUGCGUGCCUACGGAACUGUCUGCGGUGCGGUCCGGUCGGCAUGGCU